AAAAUUUUUUCACCUCUUUCACAGAUAGCAAAAAAGGAACUAGCAAAAUCUUUUUUUUUUCAUCUGUUCUGAGGUCAUAAACACAGGAGGGAAAACAAUUUAGAUCAGACUUAGAAAAUGGAUCACAAAAAAAAAAAAAAAAUUUAAACUUGCCUCUCAGGACUUCCGUAGUACCCAGAUGUUUAAAAAAAUAACUAAGCCUUUUUUCUAAAAAUUAAAUGAUGUGUUCAUGACCCGUUUUUUUUUUUUUUUAUCAAUAACAAAAUCCAUAGAAUAUUGCAAGCCUUAUCUUUUAAUUUAAGUUUGAUAUGGGAAGAAGACAUGCUGGGUGACACUGAGGAAAUAAAAAGCUUGCCAUUAAUAGCUUAACUUAACAAAUGCAGCCUGUCUCUAUAAACCUAUACUGUAAGAGCAGGUUGAUGGGCCUUAACAGGCGUUGAUACCUGUAAAGCUCCCCAGUGUGACAAAUGUGUUUUUCUGAGCUCAGCUGCUUUUGAGUGGAGAAAAAAAAAGACUGCACAGCAUCUCUUAAGAGGCUCUUGGGAAUCGAGCUUGAAGGGUUGGAGAUAGAGUGAACUAACAGGGCACUUAGCCGCUAUCUGUGGCUAAACAGGGCUAUACUCCAGGAUCUUAUUCUCAGCAGAUUGCUGCGCUAGGGUGUCUGAAGGGAGCUCAGACCACUGCUCAUCCUCUAAGUGGUUUAGAUCUCUCCAGACAUGACAAGGCCUCUCAUCUCAACUGGGUCCUGGUCGGGGUCUACGGUGAACACACUCAGACACACAUGUGAUUCACGCAGAGUAAUGGAGAAAAAGGAAGCAGACAGACGGAGUUAGACGGGGUAUAUUACUCUCAAGUACACUCCUCCAGUUUCAUUCUGCUCCCUUUAGUUGUUAUAUAGUUAAUGACAGCAAGCGAUACUCGGCUACGCUAGCAGCAGGCCCGGGCCGACACCAGGUUUAAUUUGAAAAGGUGCGGUAAAUGAUUGAUCGAGACACAAGUCAUAUCGUGGAAUCGGGUGCGCCCUGAGCCGUGACCUUACAGCCGAGGUCAGCUGACACCUGUGAUUGUGUAUUUGUGCGCCGUGCCCUAUCAGACAACGGGAAAGUCGUGGCUCCUCUUUCAGAUUUUGUUGCCCCUUGACAACAAGACUUGUAAAUGAUCGCAAUUACUCAAAUUAGGACGGUGAAGACCAGGAUGUGUUUACUUUCAGAACUUUUUUUUCAGUGCUGUUUGGUGGCUUGCGAAACUGUCUACUGAGCUUUCCAGGUAAAGUUAAAAGUUCCCAGGUGAAAAAAGUAACUUCAAGCACCCAAAUGGACCCAAAUGCAGGAGAUCACAGACAGGUAAAACUGAAACUCUCAUAACAAAAUCAAGGCUCCAACAAAGACUGAACUGAAAACCAGGACUUAAAUACAAACGGAUCUGACGAGUGGAUGAAGUGCAGGUGGAGAGAUGGGAGGAGAAGCUCAGGUGGGCAGGGAGCUGAUUGGCAGGGGAAAAACACUAGGAACAAGAAAGGAGCUGAUUGGUUGGGAAGAACUAACGAAGCUGAUUCAGAGGAGGUGUGUAGAUGGGCAAAGGAGGGAAAGCCAGUACAGGAACACAGAAGGAAAAACACACUUGGACAGCUGCAGAUAUCCAAUUCUUCUGUGGAGAAUCAGAUCCUCGCCAGCCACCGACUUCCGACUAAUACCUUGCCAGCGGACGAGGCAUGAUGGGAAAUCCCACAGCGCCAUGGCUGACCCUAUCGCUCCAUGAAAACAAGCCAUUGAUACAUGUAGAGGCCUAUUCUAUCUGACUCUGGCUGCUGCUCAAAACGUCUGCUGCCCGUCCUGGCUGACUCAGAGAAACAUAUACUGUAGUGACAGAUGACGAGAAGAAGAGAAAACAUACAAAAAGAAAGAUAAAUCAUAAACUAUUGUUUUUUAGGGGGAAAAGAAGAGGCACAGGUGAAGAAGUUGGUGUGUCUGUUUUGUGUUUGCAUUGUGGGGAGGUGGAGGUGUCAGAGAACACAAACCAGGGAUGAUCCAUCCAGCGAUAGGGAUUGGACAAGUUGCCACGGCAACCCUGCCUCCUGAUCCCUCAGACUGGCUGAAGCUGGCACAGAAUGAGAGCAAGCGAGUAAGACUGAAGGAGAGGGAAGGAGGGGAGGCGAGGCUGGAGUGCUGCCAGAGUUUUUGACAACAGUACGGGAAUGAACAGGAGGGAUGGAGCCAUCGCAUAGGAAGUUUCCAGAGGGAUGACCUCUUAAUAGUUAGGCCCUCUGAAACCAUCAACCCCUUCAUGAACUGACAAGACUAAACACACGCAAACACAGUGUGUUUAUCACCUGGCAGGUGAGUUUCUGAGCCGAAUGGUGAACAAACAGCUUCCAGCAGUCAGUCAACAUAUCAGUCCAAUGCUGAAACAGCAUGAAAAGAGCCUGGGAGGAAAUCAAACAGCUCUGAGGCAGAGACCACAGUAUAUAUACCUGAGCAGGUGUCAUGUUAAGUUGUAUUGAGUUCUCGCUGCAGACAUGAUGACUUCAAAGAUCGCCCUGACUGUUGCCCUGGCAGCUGGAUUGCUCCUGCUUUCUGUUACUGAUGCUCGACCUGCCGACAGCACUGAUGCCGAAAGUACUGGAGCACAAGAGGAUGCGGGAAUGUCCAUCGACGGGUUGUUCCAGGGGCUGAAGCAGUUUUUGAAUGAAACCUUGACUUUUCCUAAGAUCGACUCGGAUGAACUGCAGGCCAAUGAGAACAAAGUAAAGGCUGACAUCAAAGAGUCGGAUGACGUCAUAAUGGAAAUGGAAGCUGAGAGCGAGAAGGAAAUGAAGGCUUAUGAAAAAAUAUUGGAUGAGGCCGAAACCGCAUUCGUGGAUCAGCUCAAGAGCACUACAGAGCCUGACUUCAAAACAUUGGAAGAGAUUGAAGGCAAAAUGAUUGAUGAGAUCGGGAACGAAAUUAAGAGUGAAGAAAAAAUCGAGGAGGAGGUCUAUAACUACAAGAAGCCUGAGAUCGAGAGCGAAGAGAAUGCUCUGAGCGAAAUUUUGGAUGACGACGAGAGCAAAAUAGAGGCUGAGAUCAAGAGCGAAAUGGAGGCUGAGAGCAAAAUAGAGGCUGAGAUCAAGAGCGAAAUGGAGGCUGAGCGCAAAGAAGAAGAAGCAGUAUCAAAUUAA